GUGUGAGAGCUGACUGUGAGACAUAUACCUGACAGCUUUUCUUUUGGUUCAAGAUGUUGCAUAUUUGUCUAUUUCUGCUCUUUUUGUCCAAUGCAGUUCUUGGCCUCCAAAUUUGCUCUUUCAAUGUGAGGUCAUUUGGAGAAUCCAAGAGAACACAACCAGGAGUCCUGGACGUCGUAGUAAAGGUUAUUUCUCGCUGCGAUAUCAUGCUACUGAUGGAAAUAAAGGAUAACAGCAACAGAAUAUGCCCCUUUUUGUUAGAGAAGCUGAAUAGUCAGACACAAGAUGAGUACAGUUAUGUGGUCAGCAACAGACUGGGAAGAAAGUCCUAUAAAGAGCAAUAUGCUUUUUUCUACAGAUUGAAAAUGGUAACAGUCAAGAGAACUUAUCAGUAUCCUGAUCUGCAGCCUGGUGAUGAAGAUGCCCUUUCCAGGGAGCCUUUUGUCGUCUGGUUCUACUCUUCAAAAGCUGUGGCCAAGGAAUUUGUGAUUAUCCCUCUCCAUACAACACCUGAAAGGGCUGUGCGGGAAAUUGAUGAACUCUAUGAUGUGUAUCUAGACGUAAAACGACUUUGGAAGUCUGAGAACUUCAUCUUCAUGGGAGACUUUAAUGCUGGCUGUGGCUACGUAGCUAGGAAGCACUGGAAGAAUAUCAGGCUAAGAAAUCACACUGAAUUUGUUUGGCUUAUUGAUGACAAAAGUGACACCACUGUGAGAGUGAGCACCCAUUGCCCAUAUGACAGGAUUGUGCUUUGUGGAGAUAAGCUCGUAAGUGCCACUGUGCCAAACUCAGCAAACAUUUUUGACUUCCAGGCAUCCUUUUCAAUGACUGAAGAGCAGGCUUUAGCCGUGAGUGAUCACUUUCCCAUAGAAUUCCAGCUGAAAGCCGCCAGACAUUCCUCAAGAUCAGGAAAAAAGAAUCGUGGAGUCCUUUCGUGACAGGUCCAAUGAAUGACUGUCAUGUGGCAAACCCAUUUUAUAGCAUGUACAAUUACAAGAAAGGAAUGGAAGCCAUGUUUGACAUUUCCUUGAAGGAAGUCCUCUCUUGUGUUAAACAUUGCACCAAAAAUAAAUACGGUGAAAUAU